AUGGAUCUAUCGAUGGUAGAUCGCUCGCCGGGAAAUUACCUAGACCUCGAAGACAUUGUCAUGAGCGAUUCAAAAAUACCCUGUCGGUCUCGCUUUCACUUGAAGAACAUCGACCUUCACUCCGUUCCAGAGGAAUUCGACGAAGGAAAAAAAAUUGAACUACCUCUCUGGCUCGCGGAAUCAAUGACUGAAUUCGUGCGUCACGAAUUUCCGAAAGAAUACACGACAAGAUUUCAGUCUAUUCUCAGAGCAGAUCCUGAAAUUGUAAAUCUUCACAGACAUGAGCCGAAGUACUUCGCAAAGGGACUCAAACUGUCGAGUGAAAAAUUAGAUUUUCCAGAUCCUCGUGAUACUGUCAUCAUGCUAGAAACUCUGUUGGAGGCUGCUUCUAGGCGAAUGCUUUGGAUCGCUAUGCAGGCAUCGGCCAGUAAGAUUAAUCAAUCAAAAGUAGAGUGCAAACUUGAUGAUGGCGAAAAAGUUCAUUAUUCUCAAUUAAUUGCGCAGCAAGAAGAAUACAAGGAGUGGAAAACUGGGCGAACUGGAAUAAUUAAGGAGUCGAAGGACAGGUUCAAAUCAAUCUAA